UAAUACGACGAGCUUGGGACUUGCACUGGUCACUUUUGCUUGACUGUGAGCUAUUGUCACUGCAAAAUGCUCUUUUCAGUACUAAUUUUCGCUGGGUUUCUGGCGGUAAAGGUGAACGCUAUCAUUCCGCUUCCAUGCGCCAAUGUAGAGAGUCUCGGAAGUCGUACCUGCUGCCCAGUUCCCGAUCAACCCGGUGCAGGGCAGUGCGGCGCCAACCACAGUCGAGGCUCCUGCGAGCCUAUCUCCAUUUCCGAAUCUGAGUUCGUACCCUCGGAGACGGAUGUCAGGAAGAAGUGGCCGAUUCAGUAUUUCGACAGGACCUGCAAGUGCAACGGGAACUACGGCGGAUUCGACUGCGGAGAGUGCAGCUUUGGGUACAACGAUGGAGGAGCCUGCGAAACUAAAACCGUUCUUCCACGUGUUUCAGUCGGUGCUAUGGACACAAAUGAUUGGACGGAUUACCGCGCCGCCCUGAGAGCCGUCAAGGACACCCCCUCCCGCUACAUGGUGGCGAUAAGCAAUUUCACCGAGGAUAUACAAGCACUGAACGACUCUUUGGUUCGGCCAAACACCUACGACCUGUUCAUCUGGAUACAUCACCUAGUGGCCAAAGACAAUAAUUUUACACUGUACACAGAUAAUUUUACUGACUAUGCCCACGAGGGGACAGGGUUCCCCACCUGGCACAGACUGUUCCUACUCUGGCUGGAGAGGGAGAUACAGAUAAAGAUGAAUGAUCACACCUUUCGACUGCCAUACUGGGAGUGGAGCGAUCCCUCCCAGCGAGAACCUCCCAGCGAGAAAUUCCCUUCACUCGAGACAGACUCGGACAUGAUGUUGUUGUCAUCCCCAGUCAACAUCUGUGAUCCAACUGUAUCAUCUAAUGAAGCUCUGCGUCGCUGUCCAAAGGCUGCUCUCUGCAAGAUGGACAAUCCAAACUGGCCCAGCACCACUGACGUGAAACAUGCAGUCUCUAUAGACACUUACGAUGCUUAUCCUUAUAACAGAUCUGUCAAGGGAGUGGACACUAGUUUUCGUAACUACAUGGAGGGGUUCAUUGUCGACCCAGAUAAUUGUGACGAGGACACAUUGUGCAGCCGACAAGAAGGAAGGGCACAUGAAAACAUUACCAGAAAGCUUCACAACACGACGGAUAUCAGGAAGAAGUGGCCGAUUCAGUAUUUCAACAAGACCUGCAAGUGUAACGGGAACUACGGCGGAUUCGACUGCGGAGAGUGCAGCUUUGGGUACAACGAUGGAGGAGCCUGCGAAACUAAAACCGUUCUUCCACGUGUUUCAGUCGGUGCUAUGGACACAAAUAAUUGGAGGGAUUACCGCGCCGCCCUGAGAGCCGUCAAGGACACCCCCUCCCGCUACAUGGUGGCGAUAAGCGAUUUCACCGGGGAUAUACAAGCACUGAACGACUCUUUGGUUCGGCCAAACACCUACGACCUGUUCAUCUGGAUACAUCACCUAGUGGCCAAAGACAAUAAUUUUACACUGUACACAGAUAAUUUUACUGACUAUGCCCACGAGGGGACAGGGUUCCCCACCUGGCACAGACUGUUCCUACUCUGGCUGGAGAGGGAGAUACAGAUAGAAAUCAGUGACCACACCUUUCGACUACCAUACUGGGAAUGGAGCGAUCCCUCCCAGCGAGAAAUUCUCUUCACUCAGGACAGACUCGUCCCCAUCUGUGAUCCAACUGUAUCAUCUAAUGAAGCUCUGCGUCGCUGUCCCAAUGCUACUCUCUGCGAGAUGGACAAUCCCAACUGGCCCAGCACGACUGACGUUAAAAAUGCAAUCUCAAUUGACACUUAUGAUGCUUAUCCUUAUAACAGAUCUGUCAAGGGAGUGGACACUAGUUUUCGUAACUACAUGGAGGGGUUCAUUGUCAAAGAUAAUUGUAACGAGGACACAUUGUGUAGUCCAAAAGAUGAAAGGGCACAUGAAGAUAUUACCAGAAAGCUUCACAACACGGUACACAUAAUUCUAGGUUUGGGGGACAUUAAGAAUGCCCCUGCUGAUUUUAAAGAUCAAGGUGUAAUGUCAUGUGUUGCGGCUUCUCCGAAUGAUCCAAUCUUCGUCAACCACCACGGAAAAAUCGAUUUCAUCCUGGAAGAGUGGCUGGUGCAAAACAAAGACAAUCUCGUCUACCCACAAGAUGACAGAAUCCGCCACGGCCACAGAGGAAGCGACUACAUAGUUCCAUUCAUCCCUCUCUACACCCACGAGGACAUGUUCAAAACUGCGGACAAUUUCGGUUACGAAUACCCUGAUACGGAUGAUGAUGAACCUACAGAUGAGCCUAAUACCGAUGGAACUGGAGGUAUUACUACUGAGAGUGGCGAACCAGGCUUAGCAGUCUCAACUAAAGCCUACAAUAUCCUCAUUUGUGGUCUUACAUUGGCAGUAGUAGUUUUUGUGGAAGUCUUCUAGGGUAAAGAAACUGUAGUUUUGUUAGUAGACUCCUAGCUGCCACAUAAAACACCUUCUAUAGCUGUUAGACACAAUUAUAGAAAGGACACGCAUUAUUACCACACUCUAGCGAUGUAGCUAUAGCUACAAUAACUUUAUGGCAAGACGUUUUGGAAUUUUCUUUUUGAAUGUCGUUGGCGCAACCUACGUACUAUACGAUGCGCACCGGGGUAAUUGGGUGUACUACUUUCAA